AUACGAGACUUCUGAAGAGAUAGAGAGAGAGAUAUAGAUAUGGGUAAAGGAGGAAAGAGCGAGGGAUCAAAUGGCCAAGAACAAAAUAUGGCUGCUUGGCUCGUCGCCGUCAAUACCCUCAAGAUCCAGCCCUUCAAUCUUCCCACUCUUGGACCCUAUGAUGCUAGAGUCAGGAUGAAAGCUGUGGGUAUCUGCGGCAGUGAUGUUCACUAUCUCAAGACCUUAAGAUGUGCAGAUUUUGUAGUGAAAGAACCAAUGGUUAUCGGACAUGAAUGUGCUGGGGUGAUAGAAGAAGUUGGGAGUGAAGUGAAAGAUCUAGUGCCUGGUGAUCGUGUAGCUCUUGAGCCCGGCAUCAGUUGCUGGAAAUGCACACAAUGCAAAGAAGGACGAUACAAUCUUUGCCCUGAUAUGAAAUUUUUCGCUACUCCCCCUGUCCAUGGCUCUCUUGCCAAUCAGGUGGUGCAUCCAGCAGAUUUAUGUUUCAAACUACCUGACAAUGUGAGUUUGGAAGAAGGGGCAAUGUGUGAACCAUUGAGUGUUGGAGUGCAUGCUUGUCGUCGUGCUAAUAUUGGCCCCGAGACAAAUGUGCUAGUCAUGGGGGCGGGGCCCAUAGGACUCGUGACAAUGCUGGCUGCUCGUGCUUUUGGAGCUCCAAGAAUUGUGAUUGUGGAUGUAGAAGACAGUCGGUUAUCAGUAGCAAAGAAGCUUGGUGCAGAUGAGAUCAUCAAAGUUACAACUAAUAUUCAGGAUGUGGCUGGGGAAGUGGAACUGAUACAUAAAGCCAUGGGAGGUGGAGUGGAUGUGAGCUUUGACUGUGCAGGUUUCAACAAGACCAUGACAACUGCUCUGACCGCCACUCGUGCUGGCGGCAAAGUUUGUCUUGUGGGAAUGGGCCACCAUGAGAUGACAGUCCCGCUUACCCCAGCUGCCGCCAGGGAGGUUGAUGUGGUGGGGAUCUUUCGGUACAAGAACACAUGGCCGUUGUGUUUGGAGUUUCUGAGAAGUGGUAAGAUUGAUGUGAAGCCUCUGAUAACUCAUAGAUAUGGUUUCUCUCAGAAAGAGGUGGAAGAAGCAUUUGAGACCAGUGCUGGUGGUGGUAAUGCCAUCAAGGUUAUGUUCAAUUUGUGAACUGAAAGGAAGGGAGGAAGGAAGGAGGCCUUAACUUUCAGACCAAUAGGUAAAUGAAUAAGAACACAAAUAAGAGCAAGUUUAAUGUUAGAUAAUAUAUAUAAGGAUAUAUGGUUGUAAAGGGAUGUUUCUGGAUAACUAAUGAGUCUGCUUGUUUCUAUCA